GCAAGGCAAGGGCCGACGAAUCCGACACACCUCGUCAGCGACCUCGUACAAAUACCUCCGCCGCCCCCCGCCACCGCGACAACCGCUCCUGAAGUGAAGCCGACGAGAGAAUGCCUUUCCGACAGAGAGUCGCAAGACACUUUGGAGACAGUUUGUCUCCCACGGCACCAUACCUGUCAUACUAUGACAUCCUUUUGACGGGCGACGACAUCAGAUCCCUCAAGCAAGAUUGGCUUACUGACAAUAACAUCGCAUUUUGGGAAGAAUGGCUAGAGCGAGAGAUCUUGCCCAGGUACCCGCAGGCUCGGAUUGUCCUCCUGCGUCCCAGUAUGACAUUUCUGCUCAUGCAGUCUGUCGAUGUCAAGGGCAUUGGAGCCGCUCUGCCCAACUUCUCCAAAGUCACACACAUCUUCCUCCCCGUUAAUGACAACCGGGAUCGAGAGCGUGCCGACGGCGGAUCCCACUGGUCGUUACUCCUUGUGUCUGUCAUCGAUGGUGUGGCGUUCCACUACGACUCCCUCGGCGGGGCGAACUUUCUCGAGGCACAAAGGUGCGCGGACCGACUUAGUAGGGUCCUCGGCAUGGCGCUCCGGUUUCACCAGAUGGAGGACUGCCCCCAGCAAGAGAACAGCAGCGACUGCGGCGUGUUUGUGUGCAUCCUAAUGCGCCACCUCCUGAUCAAGCGCCUUCUCAACGCCAACGCCAACGAGAAAGUGUCCAUGUCGAUGGCGAACAAGAUGAUCGACAGCUACGGCGGCCGGAAAGAGAUGAUGAAGAUCAUCGAGUCUCUGCGUAAGGAGGGAGAACGACGACGCAGUGCUAGUCCCUAUGCCUCGUCGCACACCCCGCCCCGCAUCGAGUAGGCAACGGCGCAACCACC